AUGGCCCAGUUCAAGAAGUUCGACGCCGACACUGUCCUUACGAGCCGAGAUGUUCCGGCUUUGUAUCAGUCAAUCCAGGGAUUGGCCAAGGAAUUCGCCGUCCUAGGCCAAAUCAAAACAGCAAAGUCAUUAAUAUCACUCCUCCUCUCGCAAUAUUCUUCCGACUGGCAGCUCCGGCAAAUCAAGUCUCUCAAGUUUGCCUUUGCGGAAGUAGAUGAAUGGCCUGACCAAAUCCCUCAGAAAGAGAGGACGGAAGAAGCGUUGGACAGUGUGGCCACCGACAUCACCCCGGAUUUUGGGAAUGAGAGCGACGCCGAAGAGGAUGACCCGGCCGAGUUGGGUGUGCUCCUAGAGACUGCUAAAGACAGUGAUGCUUCCUCAGGAGGCGCAGCCAUGGAGCGGAGCAACGCGCUUGCUACCGCUCUCGCCAUGGCCAUUCGGUUGGCAUCUCGGCAUACAUCCUCCAUUGAGGAGAUCGAAGCGGAUCCAAAGGUCCAAAAAGCUCUUGGGUAUAUCGCUAUGAGAAUGCACGGGAACCAGGCCAUCAAUCGUCUCACUGAGCACCGCACGAACUGGCGUCUUCUGUCUACCGGUGCCCUGGCUCGAAAAAUUCCGGUCGACAUGACCAAAGUUGAGGCGUUUGGCCAAGAAGUUAUCGCCACUUUUACUGAGCGCCUGAAGAAUGGGCGUCAUGCGCAUCCGAGGGAAAAGAAGUCAAUCAGGGAACUUCUUGACGAGUUGAACCGCAACACAAGAGCCAACGGGACAAACGAGUACGAGGCAAUGGGGGAGGAGGUGCCAGAAUCUCUCUUUGUUCUACCGCCUGCAACGGAUGAGCAGAUAUCAGCUCUCGAGCGCAGGCUCGACAUCGUUCUUCCAGAUGACUACAAAGAGUUUUUCAAGAUCAGCAACGGGUUUGGUGGCACGUGGAAUGGUUACUACCUGGAACCGCCUCUCCACGGAGUCGACGACGUUGAGUGGGCAGAGUUUUACGGUGAUAUUCUUCCGAUUGAGUUGCAUGAGAGUCCAACCGGAAACCUGGAUCUCGACCUCCCGGGUGGAAGAGAGUGGCCAACCUAUGGAAGGCCAAUUGAGCUCGGAAGCGAGGAUGUCCUUCAGGCUCAGUUCGUACCACCACACGACACCAGGAGAGCUAUUGAGGCAUACAAGGAGUGUCUAGAGAGUCCCGAAACUCCAGAUGCUGUAAAGCAGCACACUCGCAAACUCAUCGCUUCCAAGUAUGGGAGCUGGGAGGCGUUUGAGAAGCUCGAAUGGGUGGCGAUGGACCAGCACGAUACUGAGAGCGUUGCCUAUGGUACAUUUACGCAGUUUUUGCAAGAAAGGGUUCAAAAAUCGGAGAUGGGUAGUUGGCAGGGCCAAGGGGAGAGAGACUGUGGAAGUUUCGCCUAUUCCUGCAUGGCUGAUCACCCUUCAGCGAACAGAAAGAGACGGUUUGGAGAAUGA